UUGCUGAUGAGAGAGCUCUCGAGAGACCUAGGGACGGUUGGACCUCCGUUGGCCCAGAACUCGUCUUCAGCAGAGAUCUACACCACUGCCGCCCUCAGGUCGACACCGUCGCACCUCAGUGACGUAGCGGGAGGAAGCAGGUGGCCGGACUGAGUUCGGGGUCGCUCUGCGGUUCCCGCCCCGCCACCCCCGCAGCCGCCGCCGAGGACUGAGGCCACACAGACUGGUUCUGUUGUGCCCGUUUCCCGCCCCUGACGAUGAGCUCCAGGCCUCGGAGACCAUCAGCCUGAUGAGCAGGUCGAUGCCCAGAGUAGGGCAGGGCUGGGUAAGGCGACGUGGUGUGGACAGUGGAUCUGGACCGGAACCAAGGCUGAGUCCAUUUUCUCUUGGAAACCUGAGACCGCGUCUCUUCGUUCACCAGCGCACUCAGUGUCUCUCUUAGCUCCGUAAAACGGGCCAGGAUACUGCAGGGUGCCAGGCUCCGAUACAGGCAUGGAAGGCUCCAAGGCGUCCAGCAGCACCAUGCAGGUGAGCUUCGUGUGCCAGCGCUGCAGCCAGCCCCUGAAACUGGACACCAGCUUCAAGAUCCUGGACCGCGUUACCAUCCAGGAGCUCACAGCUCCAUUACUUACUGCAGGCCAAGCGAAACCAGCAAUGGUCCAGGAGGAAGCGGCUAACCCAGGCGAGGUAAUAAAAGUGCCCUCCACACUUCUCCUUACACAGUUCGUGUGCUGUGGGGCGACCCAAGGUGCCAGUCAGAACCAGGCUGAGCUGUUUGUGGAAACGCGCCAGGACGGCGUCUCCCGCAGGUUCAUUCCCCCAGCCAGAAUGCUGUCCACGGAAAGCGCCAACAGCUUCACACUCAUCGGGGAGGCUUCAGACGGUGGCACCAUGGAGAACCUCAGCCGCAGGCUGAAGGUCACCGGGGAUCUUUUCGACAUCAUGUCGGGCCAGACAGAUGUGGACCACCCGCUGUGUGAGGAGUGCACGGACACGCUCCUGGACCAGCUGGACACGCAGCUCAAUGUCACUGAGAACGAGUGUCAGAACUACAAGCGCUGUCUGGAGCUCCUGGAGCAGAUGGGCGAGGAUGACAGUGAGCAGCUGCAGGAGGAGCUGCGGGAGCUAGCCCUGGAAGAGGAGCGGCUGCUCCAGGAGCUGGAGGAAGUAGAGAGGAGCCGCCAGGGGGUGGCCGAGGACCUGGAGACCGUGCAGGCUGAGGCUGAGCAGCUGGAUCAGGAAGAAGCCCAGUACCAGCGGGAAUACAGCGAAUUCAAACGGCAGCAGCUGGAGCUGGAUGACGAGCUCAAGAGUGUGGAGAACCAGAUGCGCUAUGCCCAGGUGCAGCUGGACAAGCUGAAGAAGACCAACGUCUUCAACGCCACCUUCCACAUCUGGCACAGUGGCCAGUUUGGUACAAUCAACAACUUCAGGCUGGGCCGCCUGCCCAGCGUCCCUGUGGAGUGGAAUGAGAUCAAUGCCGCGUGGGGGCAGACCGUGCUGCUGCUGCACGCCCUAGCCAACAAGAUGGGCCUGAAGUUCCAGAGGUAUCGACUUGUUCCCUAUGGAAACCACUCAUACCUGGAGUCCCUGGCAGACAAAUCCAAGGAGUUGCCGCUGUACUGUUCUGGAGGGCUGCGGUUUUUCUGGGACAAUAAGUUCGACCAUGCCAUGGUGGCCUUCCUGGACUGUGUACAGCAGUUCAAAGAAGAGGUGGAGAAGGGCGAGACGCGCUUUUGUCUCCCGUACAGGAUGGACGUGGAGAAGGGCAAGAUCGAGGACACGGGCGGCAGCGGCGGCUCCUACUCCAUCAAGACCCAGUUCAACUCAGAGGAACAGUGGACGAAGGCGCUCAAGUUUAUGCUGACCAACCUGAAGUGGGGCCUGGCCUGGGUCUCCUCGCAGUUCUACAACAAAUGACUUCCUUUUCUCCUUAAGGAGACGUUGGCCUUGCAGGCUUUAUAUUUUGUUUUGUUUGAAAAAGAAAAGUUUAUAAACUUUAGGCGAUACCAAUACCAAGAGACAAAAGCCAGGAAAGCCCUUUAUCAUAAGCAGCCCUGUGGCUGGUGGGCUCUGGAUUGUGGCCUGCUGCCAGCCCCAGCAAGGUCCCCUGGAGCCCAGGCCUCCCUGGCUCCUAGGAAAAUGCAUUUAAGUUUCUUUUUUUUUUUUUUUUUUAACUGAGUCAAAGUUGAUGUGCUUUCCCUGGAUUUUAUGUCCCUCAACUUGCUGCAAGUAAAACAUGGAAUAGAAA